AUGAAUUUGGGUACCAAGCUGUCGGGGAAUGGAAUGGAGUACCAAGCUCUGGGACUAAUGGGCUCUCGUUGGACACAAUCUAAGACAGACGAAUUGGACUGGAAGCGCAUCAGUGGAUCAACACCAUCAGCUCUUACAGGGCCUUCUUAUGAUCACACCAGUGCAGGUGGUUACUACAUCUACAUUGAAGGCAAUGAAGGCAACGAAGGAGACAAAGCCCAACUGGUCAGUGCUCCGUGUAAUAAGACAGGGGAUAGGUGCUUGCGGUUCUGGUAUCACAUGUAUGGAGUGGCUCAGAGCAUGGCUUUGAAUGUUUACCAGCUUGAAGUUGGGCUUCCCCCAAUACUGAUGUGGUCAGAGAGAGGCAAUAAAGGAGACCAGUGGAUCGCAGCAGCAGUGAACCUACACCUGUCUGGAAAAUCUCAGAUUCUCAUUGAAGCAGUCCGGGGCAAUGACUAUCGUAGUGAUGUGGCUGUAGAUGACAUUUCCUUCCAUUCUGGAUGUUGCGGAGAAUCUUCCUGCACCGUGCAAGGUGAUCCUCACUACAACACUUUUGAUAAGCAAUCACAUGACUUCAUGGGAACAUGCACAUAUACCCUAUCGAAACUCUGUGACGCCAGCAGUGCUCUGCCCUAUUUCAAUGUUGAAGCGGCAAAUGAGCGCAGAUCAGGGAAUUCCUACGUGUCGUACGUUAAACAUGUCAACGUUAAUGUUUACAAUCAUAGAAUAGUACUGGAGAAGGGACACGUGGUGAAGGUCGAUGGAGAAGUGGAGGUGCUACCUGUGUCAGUCUCGUCUGGUGUUGAUGUUGGCCGAAGUGGAAAGUAUAUGGUUGUUAGCACCGAUUUUGGAUUGAGAGUGAAGUUUGAUGGGAAGCAUCGAGCAGUUGUAACCCUUCCCAGUGUUUUCAAGGGGAAGGUGUGUGGAAUGUGUGGAAACUACAAUGAUGAUAGAAGAGACGAUUUCCUCAAUCCGGAUGGAGUGAUGGAGCCCGAUUCCGUCAGUUUGGGAAACAGCUGGCAGAGUGGAAAUGAUACGAGGUGUGCUCCUGACGUCGGUAUCAGACCAAAUUGUACUGAUGACAAAAAGCAGAUGAUAGAAAGUAAAUCUUACUGUGGCAUAAUUGUGGAUCCGGGCAGUCCGUUCAAAGCGUGCCACUCUGUCGUGGACCCGAAGGUUUAUUUUGCUGAAUGUGUGUACGACUUGUGCGCAUUGGACGUGCAUACAGGCUCUCUGUGCAGUAGUUUGCAUUCCUACGCAGAUGCAUGCCAGUCGAAGGGAGUGAGAGUGGAAGCCUGGAGGAACGCGACCUUCUGCCCUUUAAAUUGUGGAGUGAAUAGUCACUAUGAGCAUUGUGGCUCAGCAUGUCCUGCUAGCUGUGUCAAUCCCAAUGCUCCAUCCAGCUGCUCCCAGCCAUGCGUGGAAGGCUGUCUGUGUGACCGUGGGUACGUUUUGUACAAUGACAGGUGUGUGCGAAGAGAUCAGUGUGGUUGCUGGUCUGAAGGCAAACAUUAUCCAGUGGGAUCUGAAUUCUGGACGGAUGAUACCUGUUCAACAAAGUGUAGUUGUCCUUCUGCAGGCAGUAAACUAGUUUGCUGGAGCACAAGGUGUGGCACGGAUUCAUACUGCGGAGUUGUGGACGGAGUUCCUGGUUGCUAUGAGCACACGUACGGCAUCUGCAGAGUUCAUAACGACCCACACUACAAUACGUUUGACAAGGCGACGCAUCAUUUCAUGGGGACGUGUACAUAUACGAUCGCCAAGCUGUGUGCAAAUUCUUCAACUCUUCCAUACUUUAACAUCGAAGCAAAGAAUGAACAUCGAGGCAACGCUAAAGUUUCUUACGUUCAGAGAGUUCGAGUAGCUGUUCACAGUCACAGUGUUUGGAUUGUGAAGCACGAAUGUCACCGUGUGUUGGUGGAUAACAUGUGGCAGACGUUACCUGUCAAAUUAAUCGAUGGCACCUUGAACGUGAGUAGGAGUGGAAACUACGUGGUCCUGGUGACAGAUUUUGGGCUCUCUGUUUCAUAUGAUGUUGAUCACUCAGUGGAAGUGAAAGUGCCGAGUACAUAUUUCAAUCAGACUUGCGGUAUGUGUGGCAACUACAAUGGAAUGAGAAAGGAUGAUUACAUGAAACCUGAUGGAGAACAAGCCAAAGAUUCAAAUGAGUUUGGAAAUAGCUGGAAAGUGCCACCGUUCGAACCAGGUUGUGACCCAGUCGAGCCUGAGAAGUGUGAGCCUGAUGAGGAGAAACUUUACCAAAGUGAUGCCUUCUGUGGUCUGAUCACUAGUCAACAAGGUCCAUUUGCACAGUGCCACUCUGUAGUAAAUCCCAAUGGAUUCUUUGAAAGCUGUGUUGUUGAACUGUGUCUGUUGAAUGGAAGCCAAGUUGCUCUGUGCAAUACCCUCAAAAUCUACGCAGAUGCGUGUCAAAGCGCAGGAGUGAGCAUUGCACCUUGGAGAAACUCCACUUUCUGUCCUGCUUCCUGUCAAGCCAAUAGCCAGUACAGUUUCUGUGCCAGUGCUUGUCCAGCCACAUGUACAGACCGAUUUGCUCCAGAGAACUGCAGCAAACCAUGUGUGGAAGACUGCGUGUGUAACAGUGGGUUUGUUCUCAGUGGAAGCACAUGUGUGCCCGCUCAGAACUGUGGCUGCAUCCACAACGACAAAUACUACGAAAAAGGAGCAACAUUCUGGGAAGAGGGAUGUCUCCAGCGCUGUCGAUGCACUGGAAAUAACCACGUAGUAUGUGAAGCAGCGUCUUGUGGACCAGCGGAAAUUUGCAAAGUGCAGGAUGGAAAUUUGGGAUGUUACCGGGCAGACACUGCGAAGUGCCACAUUUACGGGGACCCGCACUAUACGACGUUUGAUGGGAAACUGUAUCACUUCCAGGGUGCUUGCAAUUAUACUGUGACUGAGACUUGUGGAAAUACAUCUGUUCGUUUCUCGGUGACAAGCAGGAAUGAACACAGAGGCAACCCAACAUGGUCUAUGAUUAAUUCCAUUGCUCUCCAGUUUGCUGACAUUCAUAUUGCAGUGAGGAAAAAUAACCUUGUUUAUGUUGAUGGAGUGAAGGUUGAGCUCCCUGUGACACCCCAUUCUUCAGUAAGCGUAUCAAUGGUAGGAUCGUUUGUCAUCGUCCAGACCAACUUUGGUGUUCAGCUGAAGUUUAACGGUGAUCAUGAGCUGUUUGUAGUGGUGGAUGAGAGAUACAAAGGACAGCUGUGUGGCUUGUGUGGUACCUACACUGACGACCCACUUGAUGACUUCUUGAAGCCUGAUGGGAUUCUGGCCAUGGAUUCCAAUCAGUUUGGAAACAGCUGGAGAGUUCUUGACAAUGACUGGUUGUGUAAUGAAACGUCUCUACCACCAGCGACCUGCGAUCCUGCAUCGAAAGAAGAGGCCGAGGAAUACUGCAAGAUUAUCUUGGCAGGCAAUGGUCCUUUCACAAAUUGUCACUGGUACAUCCCUCCUCAGUUGUACUUUGAGAGCUGUGUAUAUGAUCAUUGUGCUUCUGGAGGAGAUUCUGUCCUGUUGUGCAAUGCUCUGGAGGCGUACGCUUCAGCCUGUGAAGCAGCUGAUGUUGUUCUGGGAGACUGGAUGGAAGAGAGUGGCUGUGUUGAGAAAAGUUGUGAGCUGGGCUGCAAUUUUGACAGCGACCUGUGCAAUUGGACACAAUCCAAGACAGAUGAUUUGGACUGGAAGCGCAUCAGUGGAUCGACACCCUCAGCUCUUACAGGGCCUUCGUACGACCACACCGGUGGAGGUGGCUACUACAUCUAUAUUGAAGGCAAUGAAGGCAAGGAAGGAGACAAAGCCCAACUGAUCAGUGCUCUGUGUGAUAAGACAGGGGAUCAGUGUAUGCGAUUCUGGUAUCACAUGUAUGGAGUGGCUCAGAGCAUGGCUUUGAAUGUUUACCAGCUAGAAGUUGGGCUUCCCCCAAUACUGAUGUGGUCAGAGAGAGGCAAUAAAGGAGACCAGUGGAUCGCAGCAGCAGUGAACCUACACCUGUCUGGAAAAUCUCAGAUUCUCAUUCAAGCAGUCCGGGGCAAUGACUAUCGUAGUGAUGUGGCUGUAGAUGACAUUUCCUUCCAUUCUGGAUGUUGCGGAGAAUCUUCCUGCACCGUGCAAGGUGAUCCUCACUACAACACUUUUGAUAAGCAAUCACAUGACUUCAUGGGAACAUGCACAUAUACCCUAUCGAAACUCUGUGACGCCAGCAGUGCUCUGCCCUAUUUCAAUGUUGAAGCGGCAAAUGAGCGCAGAUCAGGGAAUUCCUACGUGUCGUACGUUAAACAUGUCAACGUUAAUGUUUACAAUCAUAGAAUAGUACUGGAGAAGGGACACGUGGUGAAGGUCGAUGGAGAAGUGGAGGUGCUACCUGUGUCAGUCUCGUCUGGUGUUGAUGUUGGCCGAAGUGGAAAGUAUAUGGUUGUUAGCACCGAUUUUGGAUUGAGAGUGAAGUUUGAUGGGAAGCAUCGAGCAGUUGUAACCCUUCCCAGUGUUUUCAAGGGGAAGGUGUGUGGAAUGUGUGGAAACUACAAUGAUGAUAGAAGAGACGAUUUCCUCAAUCCGGAUGGAGUGAUGGAGCCCGAUUCCGUCAGUUUGGGAAACAGCUGGCAGAGUGGAAAUGAUACGAGGUGUGCUCCUGACGUCGGUAUCAGACCAAAUUGUACUGAUGACAAAAAGCAGAUGAUAGAAAGUAAAUCUUACUGUGGCAUAAUUGUGGAUCCGGGCAGUCCGUUCAAAGCGUGCCACUCUGUCGUGGACCCGAAGGUUUAUUUUGCUGAAUGUGUGUACGACUUGUGCGCAUUGGACGUGCAUACAGGCUCUCUGUGCAGUAGUUUGCAUUCCUACGCAGAUGCAUGCCAGUCGAAGGGAGUGAGAGUGGAAGCCUGGAGGAACGCGACCUUCUGCCCUUUAAAUUGUGGAGUGAAUAGUCACUAUGAGCAUUGUGGCUCAGCAUGUCCUGCUAGCUGUGUCAAUCCCAAUGCUCCAUCCAGCUGCUCCCAGCCAUGCGUGGAAGGCUGUCUGUGUGACCGUGGGUACGUUUUGUACAAUGACAGGUGUGUGCGAAGAGAUCAGUGUGGUUGCUGGUCUGAAGGCAAACAUUAUCCAGUGGGAUCUGAAUUCUGGACGGAUGAUACCUGUUCAACAAAGUGUAGUUGUCCUUCUGCAGGCAGUAAACUAGUUUGCUGGAGCACAAGGUGUGGCACGGAUUCAUACUGCGGAGUUGUGGACGGAGUUCCUGGUUGCUAUGAGCACACGUACGGCAUCUGCAGAGUUCAUAACGACCCACACUACAAUACGUUUGACAAGGCGACGCAUCAUUUCAUGGGGACGUGUACAUAUACGAUCGCCAAGCUGUGUGCAAAUUCUUCAACUCUUCCAUACUUUAACAUCGAAGCAAAGAAUGAACAUCGAGGCAACGCUAAAGUUUCUUACGUUCAGAGAGUUCGAGUAGCUGUUCACAGUCACAGUGUUUGGAUUGUGAAGCACGAAUGUCACCGUGUGUUGGUGGAUAACAUGUGGCAGACGUUACCUGUCAAAUUAAUCGAUGGCACCUUGAACGUGAGUAGGAGUGGAAACUACGUGGUCCUGGUGACAGAUUUUGGGCUCUCUGUUUCAUAUGAUGUUGAUCACUCAGUGGAAGUGAAAGUGCCGAGUACAUAUUUCAAUCAGACUUGCGGUAUGUGUGGCAACUACAAUGGAAUGAGAAAGGAUGAUUACAUGAAACCUGAUGGAGAACAAGCCAAAGAUUCAAAUGAGUUUGGAAAUAGCUGGAAAGUGCCACCGUUCGAACCAGGUUGUGACCCAGUCGAGCCUGAGAAGUGUGAGCCUGAUGAGGAGAAACUUUACCAAAGUGAUGCCUUCUGUGGUCUGAUCACUAGUCAACAAGGUCCAUUUGCACAGUGCCACUCUGUAGUAAAUCCCAAUGGAUUCUUUGAAAGCUGUGUUGUUGAACUGUGUCUGUUGAAUGGAAGCCAAGUUGCUCUGUGCAAUACCCUCAAAAUCUACGCAGAUGCGUGUCAAAGCGCAGGAGUGAGCAUUGCACCUUGGAGAAACUCCACUUUCUGUCCUGCUUCCUGUCAAGCCAAUAGCCAGUACAGUUUCUGUGCCAGUGCUUGUCCAGCCACAUGUACAGACCGAUUUGCUCCAGAGAACUGCAGCAAACCAUGUGUGGAAGACUGCGUGUGUAACAGUGGGUUUGUUCUCAGUGGAAGCACAUGUGUGCCCGCUCAGAACUGUGGCUGCAUCCACAACGACAAAUACUACGAAAAAGGAGCAACAUUCUGGGAAGAGGGAUGUCUCCAGCGCUGUCGAUGCACUGGAAAUAACCACGUAGUAUGUGAAGCAGCGUCUUGUGGACCAGCGGAAAUUUGCAAAGUGCAGGAUGGAAAUUUGGGAUGUUACCGGGCAGACACUGCGAAGUGCCACAUUUACGGGGACCCGCACUAUACGACGUUUGAUGGGAAACUGUAUCACUUCCAGGGUGCUUGCAAUUAUACUGUGACUGAGACUUGUGGAAAUACAUCUGUUCGUUUCUCGGUGACAAGCAGGAAUGAACACAGAGGCAACCCAACAUGGUCUAUGAUUAAUUCCAUUGCUCUCCAGUUUGCUGACAUUCAUAUUGCAGUGAGGAAAAAUAACCUUGUUUAUGUUGAUGGAGUGAAGGUUGAGCUCCCUGUGACACCCCAUUCUUCAGUAAGCGUAUCAAUGGUAGGAUCGUUUGUCAUCGUCCAGACCAACUUUGGUGUUCAGCUGAAGUUUAACGGUGAUCAUGAGCUGUUUGUAGUGGUGGAUGAGAGAUACAAAGGACAGCUGUGUGGCUUGUGUGGUACCUACACUGACGACCCACUUGAUGACUUCUUGAAGCCUGAUGGGAUUCUGGCCAUGGAUUCCAAUCAGUUUGGAAACAGCUGGAGAGUUCUUGACAAUGACUGGUUGUGUAAUGAAACGUCUCUACCACCAGCGACCUGCGAUCCUGCAUCGAAAGAAGAGGCCGAGGAAUACUGCAAGAUUAUCUUGGCAGGCAAUGGUCCUUUCACAAAUUGUCACUGGUACAUCCCUCCUCAGUUGUACUUUGAGAGCUGUGUAUAUGAUCAUUGUGCUUCUGGAGGAGAUUCUGUCCUGUUGUGCAAUGCUCUGGAGGCGUACGCUUCAGCCUGUGAAGCAGCUGAUGUUGUUCUGGGAGACUGGAUGGAAGAGAGUGGCUGUGUUGAGAAAAGUUGUGAGCUGGGCUGCAAUUUUGACAGCGACCUGUGCAAUUGGACACAAUCCAAGACAGAUGAUUUGGACUGGAAGCGCAUCAGUGGAUCGACACCCUCAGCUCUUACAGGGCCUUCGUACGACCACACCGGUGGAGGUGGCUACUACAUCUAUAUUGAAGGCAAUGAAGGCAAGGAAGGAGACAAAGCCCAACUGAUCAGUGCUCUGUGUGAUAAGACAGGGGAUCAGUGUAUGCGAUUCUGGUAUCACAUGUAUGGAGUGGCUCAGAGCAUGGCUUUGAAUGUUUACCAGCUAGAAGUUGGGCUUCCCCCAAUACUGAUGUGGUCAGAGAGAGGCAAUAAAGGAGACCAGUGGAUCGCAGCAGCAGUGAACCUACACCUGUCUGGAAAAUCUCAGAUUCUCAUUCAAGCAGUCCGGGGCAAUGACUAUCGUAGUGAUGUGGCUGUAGAUGACAUUUCCUUCCAUUCUGGAUGUUGCGGAGAAUCUUCCUGCACCGUGCAAGGUGAUCCUCACUACAACACUUUUGAUAAGCAAUCACAUGACUUCAUGGGAACAUGCACAUAUACCCUAUCGAAACUCUGUGACGCCAGCAGUGCUCUGCCCUAUUUCAAUGUUGAAGCGGCAAAUGAGCGCAGAUCAGGGAAUUCCUACGUGUCGUACGUUAAACAUGUCAACGUUAAUGUUUACAAUCAUAGAAUAGUACUGGAGAAGGGACACGUGGUGAAGGUCGAUGGAGAAGUGGAGGUGCUACCUGUGUCAGUCUCGUCUGGUGUUGAUGUUGGCCGAAGUGGAAAGUAUAUGGUUGUUAGCACCGAUUUUGGAUUGAGAGUGAAGUUUGAUGGGAAGCAUCGAGCAGUUGUAACCCUUCCCAGUGUUUUCAAGGGGAAGGUGUGUGGAAUGUGUGGAAACUACAAUGAUGAUAGAAGAGACGAUUUCCUCAAUCCGGAUGGAGUGAUGGAGCCCGAUUCCGUCAGUUUGGGAAACAGCUGGCAGAGUGGAAAUGAUACGAGGUGUGCUCCUGACGUCGGUAUCAGACCAAAUUGUACUGAUGACAAAAAGCAGAUGAUAGAAAGUAAAUCUUACUGUGGCAUAAUUGUGGAUCCGGGCAGUCCGUUCAAAGCGUGCCACUCUGUCGUGGACCCGAAGGUUUAUUUUGCUGAAUGUGUGUACGACUUGUGCGCAUUGGACGUGCAUACAGGCUCUCUGUGCAGUAGUUUGCAUUCCUACGCAGAUGCAUGCCAGUCGAAGGGAGUGAGAGUGGAAGCCUGGAGGAACGCGACCUUCUGCCCUUUAAAUUGUGGAGUGAAUAGUCACUAUGAGCAUUGUGGCUCAGCAUGUCCUGCUAGCUGUGUCAAUCCCAAUGCUCCAUCCAGCUGCUCCCAGCCAUGCGUGGAAGGCUGUCUGUGUGACCGUGGGUACGUUUUGUACAAUGACAGGUGUGUGCGAAGAGAUCAGUGUGGUUGCUGGUCUGAAGGCAAACAUUAUCCAGUGGGAUCUGAAUUCUGGACGGAUGAUACCUGUUCAACAAAGUGUAGUUGUCCUUCUGCAGGCAGUAAACUAGUUUGCUGGAGCACAAGGUGUGGCACGGAUUCAUACUGCGGAGUUGUGGACGGAGUUCCUGGUUGCUAUGAGCACACGUACGGCAUCUGCAGAGUUCAUAACGACCCACACUACAAUACGUUUGACAAGGCGACGCAUCAUUUCAUGGGGACGUGUACAUAUACGAUCGCCAAGCUGUGUGCAAAUUCUUCAACUCUUCCAUACUUUAACAUCGAAGCAAAGAAUGAACAUCGAGGCAACGCUAAAGUUUCUUACGUUCAGAGAGUUCGAGUAGCUGUUCACAGUCACAGUGUUUGGAUUGUGAAGCACGAAUGUCACCGUGUGUUGGUGGAUAACAUGUGGCAGACGUUACCUGUCAAAUUAAUCGAUGGCACCUUGAACGUGAGUAGGAGUGGAAACUACGUGGUCCUGGUGACAGAUUUUGGGCUCUCUGUUUCAUAUGAUGUUGAUCACUCAGUGGAAGUGAAAGUGCCGAGUACAUAUUUCAAUCAGACUUGCGGUAUGUGUGGCAACUACAAUGGAAUGAGAAAGGAUGAUUACAUGAAACCUGAUGGAGAACAAGCCAAAGAUUCAAAUGAGUUUGGAAAUAGCUGGAAAGUGCCACCGUUCGAACCAGGUUGUGACCCAGUCGAGCCUGAGAAGUGUGAGCCUGAUGAGGAGAAACUUUACCAAAGUGAUGCCUUCUGUGGUCUGAUCACUAGUCAACAAGGUCCAUUUGCACAGUGCCACUCUGUAGUAAAUCCCAAUGGAUUCUUUGAAAGCUGUGUUGUUGAACUGUGUCUGUUGAAUGGAAGCCAAGUUGCUCUGUGCAAUACCCUCAAAAUCUACGCAGAUGCGUGUCAAAGCGCAGGAGUGAGCAUUGCACCUUGGAGAAACUCCACUUUCUGUCCUGCUUCCUGUCAAGCCAAUAGCCAGUACAGUUUCUGUGCCAGUGCUUGUCCAGCCACAUGUACAGACCGAUUUGCUCCAGAGAACUGCAGCAAACCAUGUGUGGAAGACUGCGUGUGUAACAGUGGGUUUGUUCUCAGUGGAAGCACAUGUGUGCCCGCUCAGAACUGUGGCUGCAUCCACAACGACAAAUACUACGAAAAAGGAGCAACAUUCUGGGAAGAGGGAUGUCUCCAGCGCUGUCGAUGCACUGGAAAUAACCACGUAGUAUGUGAAGCAGCGUCUUGUGGACCAGCGGAAAUUUGCAAAGUGCAGGAUGGAAAUUUGGGAUGUUACCGGGCAGACACUGCGAAGUGCCACAUUUACGGGGACCCGCACUAUACGACGUUUGAUGGGAAACUGUAUCACUUCCAGGGUGCUUGCAAUUAUACUGUGACUGAGACUUGUGGAAAUACAUCUGUUCGUUUCUCGGUGACAAGCAGGAAUGAACACAGAGGCAACCCAACAUGGUCUAUGAUUAAUUCCAUUGCUCUCCAGUUUGCUGACAUUCAUAUUGCAGUGAGGAAAAAUAACCUUGUUUAUGUUGAUGGAGUGAAGGUUGAGCUCCCUGUGACACCCCAUUCUUCAGUAAGCGUAUCAAUGGUAGGAUCGUUUGUCAUCGUCCAGACCAACUUUGGUGUUCAGCUGAAGUUUAACGGUGAUCAUGAGCUGUUUGUAGUGGUGGAUGAGAGAUACAAAGGACAGCUGUGUGGCUUGUGUGGUACCUACACUGACGACCCACUUGAUGACUUCUUGAAGCCUGAUGGGAUUCUGGCCAUGGAUUCCAAUCAGUUUGGAAACAGCUGGAGAGUUCUUGACAAUGACUGGUUGUGUAAUGAAACGUCUCUACCACCAGCGACCUGCGAUCCUGCAUCGAAAGAAGAGGCCGAGGAAUACUGCAAGAUUAUCUUGGCAGGCAAUGGUCCUUUCACAAAUUGUCACUGGUACAUCCCUCCUCAGUUGUACUUUGAGAGCUGUGUAUAUGAUCAUUGUGCUUCUGGAGGAGAUUCUGUCCUGUUGUGCAAUGCUCUGGAGGCGUACGCUUCAGCCUGUGAAGCAGCUGAUGUUGUUCUGGGAGACUGGAUGGAAGAGAGUGGCUGUGUUGAGAAAAGUUGUGAGCUGGGCUGCAAUUUUGACAGCGACCUGUGCAAUUGGACACAAUCCAAGACAGAUGAUUUGGACUGGAAGCGCAUCAGUGGAUCGACACCCUCAGCUCUUACAGGGCCUUCGUACGACCACACCGGUGGAGGUGGCUACUACAUCUAUAUUGAAGGCAAUGAAGGCAAGGAAGGAGACAAAGCCCAACUGAUCAGUGCUCUGUGUGAUAAGACAGGGGAUCAGUGUAUGCGAUUCUGGUAUCACAUGUAUGGAGUGGCUCAGAGCAUGGCUUUGAAUGUUUACCAGCUAGAAGUUGGGCUUCCCCCAAUACUGAUGUGGUCAGAGAGAGGCAAUAAAGGAGACCAGUGGAUCGCAGCAGCAGUGAACCUACACCUGUCUGGAAAAUCUCAGAUUCUCAUUCAAGCAGUCCGGGGCAAUGACUAUCGUAGUGAUGUGGCUGUAGAUGACAUUUCCUUCCAUUCUGGAUGUUGCGGAGAAUCUUCCUGCACCGUGCAAGGUGAUCCUCACUACAACACUUUUGAUAAGCAAUCACAUGACUUCAUGGGAACAUGCACAUAUACCCUAUCGAAACUCUGUGACGCCAGCAGUGCUCUGCCCUAUUUCAAUGUUGAAGCGGCAAAUGAGCGCAGAUCAGGGAAUUCCUACGUGUCGUACGUUAAACAUGUCAACGUUAAUGUUUACAAUCAUAGAAUAGUACUGGAGAAGGGACACGUGGUGAAGGUCGAUGGAGAAGUGGAGGUGCUACCUGUGUCAGUCUCGUCUGGUGUUGAUGUUGGCCGAAGUGGAAAGUAUAUGGUUGUUAGCACCGAUUUUGGAUUGAGAGUGAAGUUUGAUGGGAAGCAUCGAGCAGUUGUAACCCUUCCCAGUGUUUUCAAGGGGAAGGUGUGUGGAAUGUGUGGAAACUACAAUGAUGAUAGAAGAGACGAUUUCCUCAAUCCGGAUGGAGUGAUGGAGCCCGAUUCCGUCAGUUUGGGAAACAGCUGGCAGAGUGGAAAUGAUACGAGGUGUGCUCCUGACGUCGGUAUCAGACCAAAUUGUACUGAUGACAAAAAGCAGAUGAUAGAAAGUAAUUCUUACUGUGGCAUAAUUGUGGAUCCGGGCAGUCCGUUCAAAGCGUGCCACUCUGUCGUGGACCCGAAGGUUUAUUUUGCUGAAUGUGUGUACGACUUGUGCGCAUUGGACGUGCAUACAGGCUCUCUGUGCAGUAGUUUGCAUUCCUACGCAGAUGCAUGCCAGUCGAAGGGAGUGAGAGUGGAAGCCUGGAGGAACGCGACCUUCUGCCCUUUAAAUUGUGGAGUGAAUAGUCACUAUGAGCAUUGUGGCUCAGCAUGUCCUGCUAGCUGUGUCAAUCCCAAUGCUCCAUCCAGCUGCUCCCAGCCAUGCGUGGAAGGCUGUCUGUGUGACCGUGGGUACGUUUUGUACAAUGACAGGUGUGUGCGAAGAGAUCAGUGUGGUUGCUGGUCUGAAGGCAAACAUUAUCCAGUGGGAUCUGAAUUCUGGACGGAUGAUACCUGUUCAACAAAGUGUAGUUGUCCUUCUGCAGGCAGUAAACUAGUUUGCUGGAGCACAAGGUGUGGCACGGAUUCAUACUGCGGAGUUGUGGACGGAGUUCCUGGUUGCUAUGAGCACACGUACGGCAUCUGCAGAGUUCAUAACGACCCACACUACAAUACGUUUGACAAGGCGACGCAUCAUUUCAUGGGGACGUGUACAUAUACGAUCGCCAAGCUGUGUGCAAAUUCUUCAACUCUUCCAUACUUUAACAUCGAAGCAAAGAAUGAACAUCGAGGCAACGCUAAAGUUUCUUACGUUCAGAGAGUUCGAGUAGCUGUUCACAGUCACAGUGUUUGGAUUGUGAAGCACGAAUGUCACCGUGUGUUGGUGGAUAACAUGUGGCAGACGUUACCUGUCAAAUUAAUCGAUGGCACCUUGAACGUGAGUAGGAGUGGAAACUACGUGGUCCUGGUGACAGAUUUUGGGCUCUCUGUUUCAUAUGAUGUUGAUCACUCAGUGGAAGUGAAAGUGCCGAGUACAUAUUUCAAUCAGACUUGCGGUAUGUGUGGCAACUACAAUGGAAUGAGAAAGGAUGAUUACAUGAAACCUGAUGGAGAACAAGCCAAAGAUUCAAAUGAGUUUGGAAAUAGCUGGAAAGUGCCACCGUUCGAACCAGGUUGUGACCCAGUCGAGCCUGAGAAGUGUGAGCCUGAUGAGGAGAAACUUUACCAAAGUGAUGCCUUCUGUGGUCUGAUCACUAGUCAACAAGGUCCAUUUGCACAGUGCCACUCUGUAGUAAAUCCCAAUGGAUUCUUUGAAAGCUGUGUUGUUGAACUGUGUCUGUUGAAUGGAAGCCAAGUUGCUCUGUGCAAUACCCUCAAAAUCUACGCAGAUGCGUGUCAAAGCGCAGGAGUGAGCAUUGCACCUUGGAGAAACUCCACUUUCUGUCCUGCUUCCUGUCAAGCCAAUAGCCAGUACAGUUUCUGUGCCAGUGCUUGUCCAGCCACAUGUACAGACCGAUUUGCUCCAGAGAACUGCAGCAAACCAUGUGUGGAAGACUGCGUGUGUAACAGUGGGUUUGUUCUCAGUGGAAGCACAUGUGUGCCCGCUCAGAACUGUGGCUGCAUCCACAACGACAAAUACUACGAAAAAGGAGCAACAUUCUGGGAAGAGGGAUGUCUCCAGCGCUGUCGAUGCACUGGAAAUAACCACGUAGUAUGUGAAGCAGCGUCUUGUGGACCAGCGGAAAUUUGCAAAGUGCAGGAUGGAAAUUUGGGAUGUUACCGGGCAGACACUGCGAAGUGCCACAUUUACGGGGACCCGCACUAUACGACGUUUGAUGGGAAACUGUAUCACUUCCAGGGUGCUUGCAAUUAUACUGUGACUGAGACUUGUGGAAAUACAUCUGUUCGUUUCUCGGUGACAAGCAGGAAUGAACACAGAGGCAACCCAACAUGGUCUAUGAUUAAUUCCAUUGCUCUCCAGUUUGCUGACAUUCAUAUUGCAGUGAGGAAAAAUAACCUUGUUUAUGUUGAUGGAGUGAAGGUUGAGCUCCCUGUGACACCCCAUUCUUCAGUAAGCGUAUCAAUGGUAGGAUCGUUUGUCAUCGUCCAGACCAACUUUGGUGUUCAGCUGAAGUUUAACGGUGAUCAUGAGCUGUUUGUAGUGGUGGAUGAGAGAUACAAAGGACAGCUGUGUGGCUUGUGUGGUACCUACACUGACGACCCACUUGAUGACUUCUUGAAGCCUGAUGGGAUUCUGGCCAUGGAUUCCAAUCAGUUUGGAAACAGCUGGAGAGUUCUUGACAAUGACUGGUUGUGUAAUGAAACGUCUCUACCACCAGCGACCUGCGAUCCUGCAUCGAAAGAAGAGGCCGAGGAAUACUGCAAGAUUAUCUUGGCAGGCAAUGGUCCUUUCACAAAUUGUCACUGGUACAUCCCUCCUCAGUUGUACUUUGAGAGCUGUGUAUAUGAUCAUUGUGCUUCUGGAGGAGAUUCUGUCCUGUUGUGCAAUGCUCUGGAGGCGUACGCUUCAGCCUGUGAAGCAGCUGAUGUUGUUCUGGGAGACUGGAUGGAAGAGAGUGGCUGUGUUGAGAAAAGUUGUGAGCUGGGCUGCAAUUUUGACAGCGACCUGUGCAAUUGGACACAAUCCAAGACAGAUGAUUUGGACUGGAAGCGCAUCAGUGGAUCGACACCCUCAGCUCUUACAGGGCCUUCGUACGACCACACCGGUGGAGGUGGCUACUACAUCUAUAUUGAAGGCAAUGAAGGCAAGGAAGGAGACAAAGCCCAACUGAUCAGUGCUCUGUGUGAUAAGACAGGGGAUCAGUGUAUGCGAUUCUGGUAUCACAUGUAUGGAGUGGCUCAGAGCAUGGCUUUGAAUGUUUACCAGCUAGAAGUUGGGCUUCCCCCAAUACUGAUGUGGUCAGAGAGAGGCAAUAAAGGAGACCAGUGGAUCGCAGCAGCAGUGAACCUACACCUGUCUGGAAAAUCUCAGAUUCUCAUUCAAGCAGUCCGGGGCAAUGACUAUCGUAGUGAUGUGGCUGUAGAUGACAUUUCCUUCCAUUCUGGAUGUUGCGGAGAAUCUUCCUGCACCGUGCAAGGUGAUCCUCACUACAACACUUUUGAUAAGCAAUCACAUGACUUCAUGGGAACAUGCACAUAUACCCUAUCGAAACUCUGUGACGCCAGCAGUGCUCUGCCCUAUUUCAAUGUUGAAGCGGCAAAUGAGCGCAGAUCAGGGAAUUCCUACGUGUCGUACGUUAAACAUGUCAACGUUAAUGUUUACAAUCAUAGAAUAGUACUGGAGAAGGGACACGUGGUGAAGGUCGAUGGAGAAGUGGAGGUGUUACCUGUGUCAGUCUCGUCUGGUGUUGAUGUUGGCCGAAGUGGAAAGUAUAUGGUUGUUAGCACCGAUUUUGGAUUGAGAGUGAAGUUUGAUGGGAAGCAUCGAGCAGUUGUAACCCUUCCCAGUGUUUUCAAGGGGAAGGUGUGUGGAAUGUGUGGAAACUACAAUGAUGAUAGAAGAGACGAUUUCCUCAAUCCGGAUGGAGUGAUGGAGCCCGAUUCCGUCAGUUUGGGAAACAGCUGGCAGAGUGGAAAUGAUACGAGGUGUGCUCCUGACGUCGGUAUCAGACCAAAUUGUACUGAUGACAAAAAGCAGAUGAUAGAAAGUAAAUCUUACUGUGGCAUAAUUGUGGAUCCGGGCAGUCCGUUCAAAGCGUGCCACUCUGUCGUGGACCCGAAGGUUUAUUUUGCUGAAUGUGUGUACGACUUGUGCGCAUUGGACGUGCAUACAGGCUCUCUGUGCAGUAGUUUGCAUUCCUACGCAGAUGCAUGCCAGUCGAAGGGAGUGAGAGUGGAAGCCUGGAGGAACGCGACCUUCUGCCCUUUAAAUUGUGGAGUGAAUAGUCACUAUGAGCAUUGUGGCUCAGCAUGUCCUGCUAGCUGUGUCAAUCCCAAUGCUCCAUCCAGCUGCUCCCAGCCAUGCGUGGAAGGCUGUCUGUGUGACCGUGGGUACGUUUUGUACAAUGACAGGUGUGUGCGAAGAGAUCAGUGUGGUUGCUGGUCUGAAGGCAAACAUUAUCCAGUGGGAUCUGAAUUCUGGACGGAUGAUACCUGUUCAACAAAGUGUAGUUGUCCUUCUGCAGGCAGUAAACUAGUUUGCUGGAGCACAAGGUGUGGCACGGAUUCAUACUGCGGAGUUGUGGACGGAGUUCCUGGUUGCUAUGAGCACACGUACGGCAUCUGCAGAGUUCAUAACGACCCACACUACAAUACGUUUGACAAGGCGACGCAUCAUUUCAUGGGGACGUGUACAUAUACGAUCGCCAAGCUGUGUGCAAAUUCUUCAACUCUUCCAUACUUUAACAUCGAAGCAAAGAAUGAACAUCGAGGCAACGCUAAAGUUUCUUACGUUCAGAGAGUUCGAGUAGCUGUUCACAGUCACAGUGUUUGGAUUGUGAAGCACGAAUGUCACCGUGUGUUGGUGGAUAACAUGUGGCAGACGUUACCUGUCAAAUUAAUCGAUGGCACCUUGAACGUGAGUAGGAGUGGAAACUACGUGGUCCUGGUGACAGAUUUUGGGCUCUCUGUUUCAUAUGAUGUUGAUCACUCAGUGGAAGUGAAAGUGCCGAGUACAUAUUUCAAUCAGACUUGCGGUAUGUGUGGCAACUACAAUGGAAUGAGAAAGGAUGAUUACAUGAAACCUGAUGGAGAACAAGCCAAAGAUUCAAAUGAGUUUGGAAAUAGCUGGAAAGUGCCACCGUUCGAACCAGGUUGUGACCCAGUCGAGCCUGAGAAGUGUGAGCCUGAUGAGGAGAAACUUUACCAAAGUGAUGCCUUCUGUGGUCUGAUCACUAGUCAACAAGGUCCAUUUGCACAGUGCCACUCUGUAGUAAAUCCCAAUGGAUUCUUUGAAAGCUGUGUUGUUGAACUGUGUCUGUUGAAUGGAAGCCAAGUUGCUCUGUGCAAUACCCUCAAAAUCUACGCAGAUGCGUGUCAAAGCGCAGGAGUGAGCAUUGCACCUUGGAGAAACUCCACUUUCUGUCCUGCUUCCUGUCAAGCCAAUAGCCAGUACAGUUUCUGUGCCAGUGCUUGUCCAGCCACAUGUACAGACCGAUUUGCUCCAGAGAACUGCAGCAAACCAUGUGUGGAAGACUGCGUGUGUAACAGUGGGUUUGUUCUCAGUGGAAGCACAUGUGUGCCCGCUCAGAACUGUGGCUGCAUCCACAACGACAAAUACUACGAAAAAGGAGCAACAUUCUGGGAAGAGGGAUGUCUCCAGCGCUGUCGAUGCACUGGAAAUAACCACGUAGUAUGUGAAGCAGCGUCUUGUGGACCAGCGGAAAUUUGCAAAGUGCAGGAUGGAAAUUUGGGAUGUUACCGGGCAGACACUGCGAAGUGCCACAUUUACGGGGACCCGCACUAUACGACGUUUGAUGGGAAACUGUAUCACUUCCAGGGUGCUUGCAAUUAUACUGUGACUGAGACUUGUGGAAAUACAUCUGUUCGUUUCUCGGUGACAAGCAGGAAUGAACACAGAGGCAACCCAACAUGGUCUAUGAUUAAUUCCAUUGCUCUCCAGUUUGCUGACAUUCAUAUUGCAGUGAGGAAAAAUAACCUUGUUUAUGUUGAUGGAGUGAAGGUUGAGCUCCCUGUGACACCCCAUUCUUCAGUAAGCGUAUCAAUGGUAGGAUCGUUUGUCAUCGUCCAGACCAACUUUGGUGUUCAGCUGAAGUUUAACGGUGAUCAUGAGCUGUUUGUAGUGGUGGAUGAGAGAUACAAAGGACAGCUGUGUGGCUUGUGUGGUACCUACACUGACGACCCACUUGAUGACUUCUUGAAGCCUGAUGGGAUUCUGGCCAUGGAUUCCAAUCAGUUUGGAAACAGCUGGAGAGUUCUUGACAAUGACUGGUUGUGUAAUGAAACGUCUCUACCACCAGCGACCUGCGAUCCAGCAUCAAAAGAAGAGGCCGAGGAAUACUGCAAGAUUAUCUUGGCUGGCAAUGGUCCUUUCAAAAACUGUCACUGGUACAUCCCUCCUCAGUUGUACUUUGAGAGCUGUGUAUAUGAUCAUUGUGCUUCUGGAGGAGAUUCUGUCCUGUUGUGCAAUGCUCUGGAGGCGUACGCUUCAGCCUGUGAAGCAGCUGAUGUUGUUCUGGGAGACUGGAUGGAAGAGAGUGACUGUGUUGAGAAAAGUUGUGCGCUGGGCUGCAAUUUUGACAGCGACCUGUGCAAUUGGACACAAUCCAAGACAGAUGAUUUGGACUGGAAGCGCAUCAGUGGAUCGACACCCUCAGCUCUUACAGGGCCUUCGUACGACCACACCGGUGGAGGUGGCUACUACAUCUAUAUUGAAGGCAAUGAAGGCAAGGAAGGAGACAAAGCCCAACUGGUCAGUGCUCUGUGUGAUAAGACAGGGGAUCAGUGUAUGCGAUUCUGGUACCACAUGUAUGGAAUGGCUCAGAGCAUGGCUUUGAAUGUUUACCAGCUAGAAGUUGGGCUUCCUCCAAUACUGAUGUGGUCAGAGAGAGGCAAUAAAGGAGACCAGUGGAUCGCAGCAGCAGUGAACCUACACCUGUCUGGAAAAUCUCAGAUUCUCAUUGAAGCAGUCCGGGGCAAUGACUAUCGUAGUGAUGUGGCUGUAGAUGACAUUUCCUUCCAUUCUGGAUGUUGCGGAGGCAAUUGUGAUAUUACAAGCACAUUGAGCACUCCAACGCCAACUAGUACCAUGCCUCCUGUCAUAACAGGUCAUGCUACAUGCAGUGUUUCUGGUGAUCCCCAUUACAACACUUUUGACAGGAGUGUUCACCACUUCAUGGGAACAUGCACGUAUGUGCUGUCCAAACCAUGCAGUGAUUCCUCAGUGCUGCCUUACUUCAAUGUUGCGACUACCAAUGAGCACAGAGGUACCAACACCAAGGUGUCCUGGGUGAAAUCUGUACAUAUAUUUGUCUACAACAACUCACUUUCAAUCAUGAAAAAUCAUAAAGUAUUGCUCAAUGGAAAUAAAAUAAACCUACCUGUGUCUGUUGGAAACCUCCUGGUAGUGCGAAUGAGUGGUGCCUAUGUUUUACUAGAGACUAACUUUGGCCUGUUCGUGAGAUUUGAUGGCAACCACCACGUUGAUGUGUCUGUACCAUUUAUGUAUGCUGGACUGCUCUGUGGCAUGUGUGGUAACUACAAUGGUGACCCUGCUGAUGAUCUUAUUAUGCCUAAUGGCAGUCUUGCAACUGAUUCUAAUAAACUCGGAGAGAGUUGGCAAGUACCUGAUAUACUAACUGAAUGCAAUCAUGGUGAGAAUGACUUGCAAUGUGAUCCAAAUUUAAAGGAGGAUGCAAAGAAAGAUACGGUUUGUGGAAUGAUUACAAAUCUGUCCGGUUUAUUCAAAGAGUGCCACCUUAAAGUUCCACCUGAGAAUUACUUUGAAAAUUGUGUCUAUGAUAUGUGUAUGAGCGGAGGACAGUCUACAACACUUUGUUUCGCUAUACAAACCUAUGCUGACUUGUGUGCUCAAGCAGGAGUUUGUAUAGAGUGGAGAAAUAGUUCUUUCUGCCCCCUAUCCUGCCCCAGCGGUAGUCACUAUGAGAGAUGUGGCACUAGUUGUCCUGCUACUUGUACAGAUCUGUCUGCACCAGACAACUGUCUUCUACCAACUGUUGAAGGAUGUUUCUGUGACCCUGGUUAUGUUUUGAGUGUGGACCAAUGUGUUCCAAACAGUCAGUGUGGUUGCAUGGAUGAUAAUGACAAAUACUAUCAGCUAAAUGAAAGUUGGUUCACACUUGAGAAUUGUACUGAACGCUGUACAUGCUUGGGCAAAAAUACCAUCAACUGUACAGCUUGGAAGUGUGGAGUGUUGGAAAAAUGUGAGAGACAGGAUGGAGAGCUGGGCUGUCACAUGACAGGAAGUGCAUCCUGCUAUGUUAAUGGUGAUGCUCACUAUUAUACCUUUGAUAAAAUCGUGUACACAUUCUCGGGCACUUGUGCAUACACCCUGGUAAGGGUCUCUGAUAACAGCAAUGUGGUUCCUGUCAACGUUACUGCAUUGAAUGAAGUGCAUGGCCAGAACCUCUCAACAUAUUUGAGAGAAAUCUACAUAGAUGUGUAUGGUGUUCAUCUCACACUGCAGAAGAACAGGAGGAUCUUGCUAAAUGGGAAAAGCAUUCGCACACCAAUGCAAAGACGUUUGAGAGGCAUAAAUGUUCUAACAAAUGGUAUCAACACAAUAGUUGAGACAGAUUUUGGAAUGUCAGUGAGAUAUGAUGGCAACCGCAAUCUUGAGAUCAAUUUACCAAACUCAUAUUAUUCAAAGGUGCGUGGUUUGUGUGGUAAUUACAACGGCCAAAAGGGUGAUGAGUUGCUAAUGCCUGAUGGUCUAAUUGCACCCAGUGUAACUCACUUUGGAAACAGUUGGAAGUCAGAGGAAUAUAGCAAUGCAGGCUGUCAACCAGGCUACAACAAAAAACAAAUGGCAUCACUUUGCACGCCAAAAGAGAAACUAAUUAUUGAGUCCCAGUGCCAGGAGCUGCUGCAUGAUAAAUUCAUACCUUGUCAUCACUUUGUUAAUCCAUAUAUUUUCAUCGAGAACUGUAUUCAAGACAUGUGCAAAUAUAAUGCCAUGAUUUCAACACUCUGUGAUAAUUUCCAAAAUUAUGUUGCUGCUUGUAAGGAAGAGAAAGUAGAAAUCAUGUGGAGAAACAGUACUUUCUGUCCUCAGUAUUGUCCACCAAACAGUUACUAUACAACCUGUGCUCCAGCUUGUCCUCCUACAUGCAAUAAUAUCUAUGCAGGAUCCAGCUGUGACAAGUCUUCUGUGUGCAUGGAAGGAUGUGUAUGUAACAAUGGUUUCGUAUUCAGUGGUGACAGCUGUAUUUCAAUCAGUGAGUGUGGCUGCAGAGACAAAAACGAUCAUUACCAUCAUAUUGGGGAGACUUGGCUGACCCAACAUUGUGCCCAAAAGUGUAGCUGUGGAAAAGAUGGUGAGAUAAACUGUGCAGACUAUGGUUGUAGACGUAAUGAGUACUGCAGUCUGAAGACAAAUGGCCAGUAUAUCUGCAAAUCCACUGCUGGCUCCUGUCACAACAAUCCAUGUGAAAAUGGAGGCACUUGUCAGGAGGUAACGAAUGAAGCAGAUGGUUCUCAGAUCUUCCAAUGCAAUUGUCCAAUAACCCAUAAAGGACCUCAUUGUGAGGAAGAAAACUCUGAAUGGAAAUAGACAUCUGAAGCCUGUCAGGACGAAAGAGUAGAUGAGAUCUCUUCAACAAGAAACCAUACUGUUCAUGAUUGAUAAUGGUAGUGAAUGAUUGUUCUGUCUUCAUUAGUCAAAAGGCCUGCUCAAACCCAUGCAGUAAUUUUCUACAGUUGUCGAAUGGUUUGCCUAGUUAAAUAUUAAUGUAAUAAUU